AUGGCAACCGGCUCAGGGAGAUAUCUGCGUUAUAUACUGUUUGCUGUUUUCGGAAUUACCAUCAUCUACUUUAUUUCGACCUCGUCACUGCCCUCCUAUGCACAGCCGCUGACUUCGGGUACCGCCUUCUCAUGGGAACGUCCCGGAGAGUCCAAGUCGAGUACGAGCGCCGAGGAUCUCGUUCAUCUGCCGGAAACCACCCCUGCGGCAGAUAUUUCACAAUCUGUAGAAACAACAACGCCUAAUGUUGUCCCCACUAUUCCUUCAGAACUCUCAUCUUCUGCUCCAGGAGAACGAGUGAAUGCGACGUUUGUGACUCUGGCAAGAAACACCGAUAUCUGGGAGAUUGCCCGCUCAAUCAGACAAGUGGAAGACCGGUUCAACAGGAACUACAACUAUGACUGGGUCUUUUUGAAUGACAAACCGUUCGAUGAGAACUUCAAGAAGGUCACAACUUCUCUCGUCUCGGGCAAGACACACUAUGGCGAGAUUCCAGUCGAACACUGGUCCUUCCCGUCAUGGAUCGACCAGAAAAAAGCUGAGGCGGUCCGAGAAGACAUGCGCCGGAGGAAGAUCAUCUAUGGCGACUCGGUCAGUUAUCGGCACAUGUGUCGGUUCGAGUCAGGUUUCUUCUUUCGUCAUCCACUGCUCCAGCAAUUCGAGUACUACUGGCGAGUCGAGCCCAGCGUUGAGUUAUUCUGCGACAUCCAUUAUGAUCCUUUCCGGUACAUGAAGGAGAACAAGAAGAAGUACAGCUUCGUCCUGAGUCUGUACGAAUAUGUCGAGACCAUUCCGACGUUAUGGGAUAGCACGAAGAAGUUCAUCAAGGCGCACCCUGAACAUAUCUCCCCAGACAACUCAAUGGGAUUUUUGAGUGACGACGGAGGUGAGACGUACAACAAGUGCCAUUUUUGGUCAAACUUUGAGAUUGGUAACCUUGACUGGCUUCGAUCUAAGCCUUACCUCGACUUCUUCGAAACCCUCGACAAAGACGGCGGUUUCUUCUACGAACGUUGGGGCGACGCUCCGGUGCACUCCAUCGCUGCUGGUCUACUUCUGAGGAAGGACGAGAUCCACUUUUUCAACGACAUUGCCUACUAUCACGUCCCCUUUACGCACUGUCCGACAGGAGACGACGUGCGCCAGAAACUCCGCUGCCACUGUAAUCCGGCCGACAAUUUCGAUUGGAAGCCGUACAGCUGUACUUCUCGGUUUUUUGACCUCAACAAGCUUAAGAAGCCUGAGGGAUGGGAAGCUCAGGUAUGA